UUGCAGUUCGUUUUCACCGCCAAUGUCAAUCGGAAACUAGAAUUUGUGAAUAAUGACGUUCUCACAGUCGUUAAAACGGGACAAAGUGGAAAUUGCCUAUCGCCUAGGCACUCUUUCACCAUUUCUACAAAUUGUGACAAUAACGUGGAGUUGCAAAAAGUAACAACCGCUUGGUGAGCGAAGUUUACCGAUUACUGGCAAACACUUUGGUGUCAUUGCACUUGUCGCCGUUUCCCAAUAUGUCUGAAGCAGUAGUGUCAAGCGGCGACCAUCAGGGUCCCUGUACCGAUAUCACCGAUAGUGGUGUACGAAAACGGCGCCAGCCUCGCAAAGACUACGCCGCUCUCUUGCAUCCUCCGCCGCUCGAUGGCGAUACAUCCGACGACCCUGACGAGAAGACGGACCCCGAAGGCGCUCGGAUGAGUUCGUUCUGCUUCACCUGUGUCAUCUGCUUCGCCGACGCGGUCGACAAGUGCUCGCACCUGGAACACCUCGCUGCGGCGCAUCCGAACCUCAAGACUCACUGCCUCGCGUGCGAGUCUCGGUACGACAGCUACGCGGACUACACGCAACACCUGCGCGACUGUCACCCGCGGGUGUUGCAGUCCAUUGAUGAGGCGGAGGGCCUGUACUGCCUAGAGUGCGGCAAGGGGUUCCACAAGAAGUCCUACCUUUACCAACACCGGGCGCAACAUUUCAUGCUGAAUCGCGUCCCGUGCGAUGUGUGCGGAAAGUCGUUCCUCGAAGGUGCCAUGUUGGAGCGACACUUGGACACGCACAAAGAGCCGAGUACGCACAAGUGUCCCCGCUGCCUGCGCACCUUCCGAAGCGCGCUUGGUUUGGCCAGGCACGAGCGAGCGCACCAGCGCCACAAACUGUUCUGCCAGGUUUGUGGCACCUUCUACCAGACAGCAAUCGCUCUGGAGGUCCACAAUUGCACCUCGCACCGAGAUCAGGAAGGCCGGCACUGUUGCUCCCUAUGCCAGAAAGAGUAUGGCAGCGCUGACUGUCUACGCCAGCACAUGAUGCACAAGCAUGGCAGCAAGACGGGUGGCGAGCCAUCUUUCUCCUGCAACAUCUGUGAUCGCCACUUUAGGUGGAAGUCCAGCCUGAGGAUGCAUGCUAAGCUUCAUGAAGCAAUGGACUGCAAUGCCAACGUCAAAGUGUUUAGGUGCACCACGUGUGACCAGAUAUGUCCCAGCCAGUGCUCUCUCAAGGCUCACAUGAUCAAACACAGUGAUCGUAGGCAGUUUCCCCUCACAGAAGCGUUUUUGCAUUCUGCUCCCAUUCCAAAUCAGCCAGCUGUUGAAUCUUGCUUUUUUUUUUCCCAUUACACUGCAGGCAUAUCUUUCAAACGCAAAUAUGCCCUGAAGGAGCACUGUCAAGCGGUGCACUGUAACGAGAAGAACUUCCAGUGCAGUGCCUGUGGUCAGACCUUUGUUGUGAAGCGCUACCUGGAUGCACACUUCAAGCAGGCACACGUACCUGGCCCACAGGCAUUCACAUGCAGUGACUGUCCGAAGGUCUUUAAGACAGGAAAAAGCCUCAAGUCCCACUGGCGCUCCUGCCAUGGUGACAUCCCAAAGGAUCACAUCUGUGACAUCUGUGCCAAGGCAUUUGCAUCGUCUAAAGACCUCAAACGGCACGCUCUCAUCCAUGGUGGUGACAGACAGUACGAGUGCGGAGACUGUGGUUCUGCCUUCUACAGAGUGGACAAUCUGAGACGUCACCAAAAGCAGGCCUGCAAGUACAGGGACCUUUGACUUCCUACACAGAAGCGCUGCCCUUUUGCUUACUACGGAAGGGUACACGUUACAAGCAGGAAAGUGGGCUAUAAGAUUGGGCGAGCAGCAUUCUUUCGUUUCGUCAUAUCUUAUCGUGUAGUUUCCUGCUCUUGUUUACAUUGUUUUAUGCGAGGUGAGGUGACAUAGGUUGGAUCUUGGAACAUCCUCUUUAGUUGAAUGUGCGAACAUUUAAAUGUUGAUAUUGUGAGGUCGGUGUCAUGAUAUUUUGCCCGAAACCUUGCAUCUCUGUUUUUGCUGAUGAGGCACAAGCUAAAAUAAACUUGUUACCGAAUGCGAAAAA